AUGCAGAAGAUACCAUUCUGCCUAAGAGUUGGACACCUUCUCCCCUACUUCAUGUCAGAUUCCAACAAAACUGAUUUCACCAACCCCUCCACCUUCAUCCUGCUGGGCAUUCCUGGCUUGGAGAUGACCCAUGUCUGGAUCUCCAUCCCCUUCUGUGCUAUGUAUGUCAUAGCCGUCUUGGGGAACUUCACCAUCCUGUUCAUUGUGAAGAGGGAGCCGAGCCUCCAUGUGCCCAUGUACUAUUUCCUCUGCAUGCUGGCCACCAGCGACCUGGUUCUGUCCACGUCCACCCUGCCCAAAACUCUGAGCAUCUUCUGGUUCAAUUCCAGGCAGAUUGAUUUCAGUGCCUGCCUCACCCAGAUGUACUUCAUUCACUGCUUUUCAGCGAUGGAGUCUGGGAUCUUCGUAGCCAUGGCUUUGGAUCGCUAUGUGGCCACCUGCGAUCCCCUGAGACAUUCCACUAACCUGGCAAGCCCCGUGGUGGCCAAGAUCGGCCUGGCCGUGUUACUGCGCAGCUGUAUGCUCAUACUCCCCUACCCCUUCCUGGCGAGGCAGUGGCCAUAUUGCAGAACCAAUAUUAUCCCACACACACACUGUGAGCACAUAGCCAUAGUGAAGCUGGCUUGUAGCGAUAUCCGCAUCAGUAGUUACUACAGCCUCUCUGUGGGAUUUACUGUGAUGGGUCUGGAUAUAUUUUCUAUCGCUGUAUCAUAUACUCAGAUUCUCAGGGCCAUAUUCAGUCUCCACACAAAGGACACCCGGCUGAAGACUUUUGGGACCUGUGUCUCCCACCUCUGUGCCAUCAUAGCCUUUUACAUUCCACGUCUCUUUUCCUCCCUCGUGUCCCGAUUUGGCGAGAAUGUGCCCCUGCAUUUUCACGUUCUCAUUGCCAAUGUGUACCUCCUGUUGCCCCCCAUGCUGAACCCCAUUAUCUAUGGUGUGAGAACCAAACAAAUCCAGAAUAGGCUGCUCCGACUCUUUACUCAUAAAGGGACGUAA